AUGAUCCCCUUCGAUGUGACUUCCUUAUUCACAUUCAUCCCACUAAACAUGGCACACGAAAUCUUGCGCAAGAGACUUGACGAGACAUAUGAUGAGGCUCGAUACCCACUCAAAAUUGAACACAUUGCGGGGUUAUUUGAAUUUUUCCAAGAAACGUACUUUACCUUUGUUGGAGAAAACUACGAACAGAUAAAAGGAACUCUCCGAUCACCGAUCUCCCGUUUAUUGACAGAACUGGUCCUACAAGAGCUAGAAAACACCACCUUCACCCAACAUGAGCUUGUCAUUUGGUGUCGUUACGUUGAGGAUAUGUUUGUUAUCAGCAUGAAGUAA